CAGCAUGUGGGUUUAUUGGGACAAGUGGGUACCAAUUAUACAGUUGAAUAGAAUACAGCUAGCUGGCAGAACACACCAAUUGAACUAAUCAGACAAAUUCUCACUUUUAUUCAACACAUUAUUGAGAAUUUCGUGUCUAUUGCUGGGUUUUAAAUGAUUGGCAGUGACGAAGUUCAGUCGGAAACUGACCUUUCCAUAAACAACACUUUAUCUAACCUUGGAAUUAACAAUGGUCUUUCCAAUUUACCUGAUCUGCUUAAUAUUACUUCAUCGUCUCUAUCCCUCCAUACUCAUUCUAUAUAUACAAACCCUUCCCUAUACCAUUCCCAGGACGGAUCUAGCUCCCCCUGCAGCUCUAUACCUCCGCUCCCAGGUAUUGAAACCUUCUGUCAAAAUGAUGACAAUGAUACAAUGAUUUCCCAAUCCCCUGAGAGUUAUCUGUCCUCCUACCUACCCUGGACGAUAUCUACAGACCCAGGACCUCCCCCUGCAAUACUUCAGACCCUUCAACCGAUCAAACCUGAGUUUCUUUCUCCCUUUGAUCGGAGUGAUCAGAUGCAAACCUUGCCUCCUUUCAGGUUCGAAUCUCAUGAUCCAUCUCGACAGCUUCAUCUCCCGGACUCCAGGCAGCUUCAUCUACCGGAUAUAUCAAAAACAUCUUUAAACACGGUUUCAUCUACAACUAAAUCAGUAAAACCCCGGAAAGAGAAGAAGAAGGAUGGACCGAAAAAGAAGAAAACAAGGACGACAUUUACAGCUUAUCAGCUGGAGGAACUAGAACGGGCCUUUGAACGAGCUCCGUAUCCGGAUGUUUUCGCCAGGGAAGAACUAGCCUGUAAACUAUCCUUAAGUGAAGCUAGAGUUCAGGUUUGGUUCCAGAAUCGUCGAGCUAAAUGGAGAAAAAGGGAACCUCCGAGGAAAACUGGAAUAUAUUUCGGAACAUCUUUAUAUUCAAGUUCUGUUGGUUUCCUACCCCCGAACAUGUCUCAUCAAUACGACCCGGAGCCUUGGUUCCAGCAACCCAACCCGUCCUUUGAUCCAGGAUACUACAUGCAUAUACCCUCAUCCUUCCCAGACCAAUACAUGGAGGCAGUCGGCAGUAUUGACGAGGUGGAACAGGAUACAGGCUUAGUAACCUCAGAAGAGGAUUUAACUAGGUUAGAGAAUGCAAAUCUUGAUGAAUUCUAUUAAAAGAGUUUGGGAAGAUUUUCCAAAAUGUAAAAUUUCCUUAUUUUGUCGAAAUUUUGUUUUAUGAUUAAGCUUUAAUUCUAUAAAAAGUUUCAAAACUACAUAUCCUGCUUCUUAAAAUGCACAUGAAAAUGAAAGAGAAAAUUACUUUUAAACUUCAACAUUAAAAGUUCUUUAUUUUUCAAUCAAUUAUCAACUAAUAAGCUUAAACCAUAUCUUUAAGUUACAGAAAACUUAGGAAUUACAAAUAAGUAAUAGCACGAUGGAACUGUUUACUCGCCACAAACUAUAAUGUUCAAAUUUCUAUAUUUUUGAAACUAGAUGGAGUAAACCUUAGAUAUCCUUAAAGGGAGUGACUGGCAAUGUAUGGUAGG